AUGCUCAUCACCAAGCAAGCCAGCACUCUUGCUCUCACUCUCCUUUUCAUCCCGCUCGCGAGCGCCGGCGCCACCCCGCGCCAGUUCUGGUCCGACAACGCCGACGACAGCGGCGUCGGCGCCGACGUCGGCCUCCUCGACUCGGCCGCGGCGGCUGACAAGACCGUCACUGUCACUGUCACGCUCGGCGCGACGGGCUCGGACGCGCCGGCCUCCCAGACGGCCGGGUCCGACUCGGCUGUCGCGACGGCGUCGGGCACCAAGACCAAGACCAAGGGCUCUGCCGCCCCGACCGAGCCCGCGACCGACGUCCAGACUGACUCUGGCACCGCUGCCCCCGCCACCGACGGCUCGGGUUCCGCCUCGGCCACGGCUACUGAUGUUGCGACGACCGAUGCUCCCGUGACCGAGUCGUCAGCCGCCCCCUCGUCUGGUGUUCCCUCUGCCGAGCCCUCGGUCGCCCCCGUCGCCUCGACCGCUUCUUCGUCGCCAUACUCGAUCCCCGUCGUCUCUGCCGCGACCAUUCUCUCGCAGCCCCAGAUCGUCGUCACCUCGACUCAGACGUUCCCCUCCUCGGUCAAACCGUCGGUUUCGGCGUCUGCCUCGGCGUCUGCCUCGCCUUCGGCCUCCAAGAAGGCCGGUGCGCUCGCUGUCGCCCAGCCCGCUUCGGCCCUCGCCUUCGCCGGUGUCGCUAUCGGCGCUCUCCUCCUCUAA